CGUCGAGAUCGCCCCACAGAUCGUAUGGGCCAGGCCAGUCAGCCAAGCCCAGUACUCGCUCGACGAUGUCUAUCUCCUCCUUGCUAGGUAAGGCACAGUUUAUUCUGCGCCCUUUUCUUUCUUUUCUUUGAUCCCGUGCACUCAUUCUUCCCUGCAAAAAAAGAAAAGAAAUGGCCAGGGCGCUCAAGAGGAUGAGAAAGUGAAAUAUCUCACGGAGCUGCUGCAUAUCAGCAUUGUAGUACGAUGGCUGCUUUGUGGUACAAUGCUAAAACAAGGCUCUUACUGGCCCUGCACUUUUUAGACAGCGAGAUCAGGCCAUGCCAUCAGAGGAACUCUGGGAGCGAGGAGGGCGACGUUGAUAGUGGAGCAUUGGAAGUUAAUCAACAGCAGAAGCAGCAACAUCACCAUCAUGACCAAGUGCCGCAUUCAUAUCCAGGAGAUACAAUGCACCAUCAUCACCGUCACUUGCCGCACCCGCAUCAUCAACACCAACAUCUUCAUGGACGUGUACACCAUCAUCAUCCUCAGCAUGUUACACACCCGCAUGUUAUACACCAGCAUGCGCAUCAACAUACCGCGCCCCCACAUCAUCAUCAUCACCAUGUACACCAGCACUCUCUGCACCAUGAAAAAUCGACGCAUACUUCUGCGUUUUCAUACAUGCCACGGUCGCUUGGUCUUAGACUCAACCCACGACUGAAGGUGAACGCGACACAGGUGUACAUAUCUUAUCUGAUCCAGCUCGAUCAAAUGCAACGAGCCCAACAUCUGAUGCGGUCUUCAGAAAAGAGAAAAUCGGUCCAUGACACAGUCGCCAGCCAUUCUGAUCCCGCAGGACACCCCCCACAUAAGCACCACCAGCACCCUCACGCUCGCACGCCCAGCUGUGGUGAAUCGACUUGUAGCGCGCAGGUGGUCCCUCGAGAAGAAGAGGUCGCCGGACGCUGUGAGGGCACAUUGUCACCGUCGGCUUGCGAUACUACCGCCUUAGACGAGCGACCCAAGCGCUACUCCAAUAAACCGGACGGUGCAGAUUCGGUAGCGGAUGAGAAUUGCAUGCAGAUGGUCGUAGCCUCCUCCGAGACUGUAGACAGGAGCUCGCCUCAGAUAUCGCGACAGACACAGCAGCAGCAGCAGCACCUGCACACGCACGCCCCGCACCAACAUACACACCUGCAUCCGCACGGACACGGACAUGCGCAUGCGCACGCACAUCUACACGCGCAUCAUUCUGCGCCGGUGUUGCCGGCCCAUAUCCAUCCAGCACAGCACCAUCACCACAUCAUCCCGUCGCUGCCUGUGAAGCUGGAUCGAGGCACAGCCAAGGCGAGCGGAUCGACGGCGGUACAUAGGCAUCAUACGUUACACCACCACCAUCCGCAUCAUCAUCCGUACCAUCCAAACCAUCCGAAUCAUCAACACCAUUUCCAUCACCAUCUCGGACAUAACCACCAUGCGCACCAUACGCAUAGCACACACGGGCACAACCACAUGCAUGUGCACCAGCAUCCGCAUCCGUAUCAUGCGCACACACACGCACGUGCACGUAAUGGGCAUGUACACACGCACACGCCACUGGCGCAGAAUGCGUACCCAAGGUCGACUCUUCAGGAACGAAAGAACGCACAGAUGCUGGCGCUCCCGGCGCCUGCGGUUCGAAAACAGGGUCGACAAUCAGUCUCGCCAGUGACGGAGGAUGACCACCAACAGCCAAAGAGGCAGCAACAGCAACAGCAACAGCAGCGGCAGCAGCAGGAUAUAGAAGGACAAGAAGACGGCCGUGGAGGGUCUCGACGGGGGAGUGAUGUGAACACGGAGGAUGCGCAGCCGCGACUAGAGAAUGGGGACUCUUCGCCGCUGCCACAACCACUGCCAAAGUCUAGGUCCCCAACACAACCGGUGGUGCCGAUAGCGGUCUCGGCACGAGCUGCGAACGCCAUGGCGGUGGAUUGACUCGGGAGCACAGAUAUCCAAGAAAUAGAGUGAUCACGACUGUAGAAAUAAAUCUAAUUGUACUUUUAGC